ACCAGUUGGACUGAAAACCCAGCAGAAGCUGUCAAAUCUGACACAGUAAAAACACACAGCUGAGAAAAACAUGAAAUAUUGCAUUUUCCCUGAGUGGCACUUUCAGUCAUAAUGUAGGUCAUAUAUUUUUGUAAAAGUAAUAUAAAUUAGCCUUAUAAAACUUCAUAUUUCUAAAUUACACAAUAAAAUUUUGCUCCUUUCAUGUUCAGAAAGAUUUCACAAAUUAUCUUUUUUCUUAUCUCCUUCUGGGGAAUGUACAUAUAUAAAAAUAACUACCAGAUGUCUUUUCUCACAUUAUUUUUCAAAAAACACCCCCAUGCAGAUAAACAGCAAACGAGUGAGCCAAGAGCUGUUCUCAUUUCUAACUAACCAUUUCCAAAAGUAAUACAAUAAGGAUACAUCAAAAUCAUGAAGAACUGUAUGAUAGGAAUUCUUUUGAGCUUCUGGGUUGCUGUCUCGCCUGCUUUUUAUUUUCAUUCAGGAGAAAGAGAGGAGAAAUGCAUAAUAGAAGAUAUUCCUGGUGAUACCUUGAUUACUGGGAGUUACAAGGUACAGCAGUGGGACACACAUGAACAAGUGUUUCUUGAAUCUGCACCUGGUUUGGGAAUGUUUGUCACCAUUACAGCUCCUACUAAGGAGCUUCUGUUGUCAAAAUUGUAUGGUCCACAAGCAACAUUUUCUUUUACAUCACAUUCACCUGGAGAGUAUAAUAUCUGUUUGCAGUCUAACUCCACAAAGCUUAUCUCAUUUGGAGGAAGUAGGCUGCGUAUUCACCUGGACAUUAGAGUUGGAGAGAAUUUUUUUGAUGAAGCUAUUGCUCAAGCCAAGGACAAAGUUAAUGAAGUUAACUUUAGACUUGGACAUCUAAUUCAGCAAAUUGAUCACAUAUCGAAAGAACAAAGCUAUCACAGAGAACGUGAAGAGUACUUUCGAUUGACAAGUGAAGAAACCAAUAGCAAUAUCCUGUGGUGGGCUCUUGCACAAACAUUAAUCCUUAUCUUAGUUGGAGUCUGGCAAAUCAAAUCUCUUAGAGAUUUCUUUAUAGCUAAAAAGCUUGUUUAAGACUUAUAGAAAUGAAUAUACUUGUACAUUAUUCAGCAUAU